AUGGCCAAUAAUAAAACACAAUGUUUUACAUGUAACAAAGAAAAAAUAACAUAUCGUUGUAAAGGAUGUUUAAAAGAAUUUUGUUUAACGGAUUUAACAGAACAUCAACAAAGAUUAAAGGAUGAAUUAAAUUGUAUUACGAAUGAUUAUGAUGAAUUUAAAGAAAGAAUUAAUGAACAAAAGCUUAGUCCACAAAAUCAUUUAUUAAGAGAACAAAUUAAUCAAUGGGAAAAAGAAUCAAUUGAAAUAAUUCAACACAAAGCACAAGAGUGCAGAGAAAACCUCAUUAAAUCAUCACAAAUAUGUAUUAAUGAUAUUGAAAUGAAAUUUAAAGAUUUAAAUGAACAAAUAAAACAAAUUCGUAAAGAAAAUGAAUUUAAUGAAAUAAGUUUCGAUUAUUUACGAAAUCAACUGAUGAAAAUGACACAAGAAUUAAAUAAUUUAUCAAAUAUGUCCAUUCAACAAGAUUCAAAAUCAUUUAUUAAUGAAAUUUCAAUUAUUUUCUCAAAAAAACCAGGAUGGGGCAAAUGGGAACAAAAUCCUAUCACUGUAGCUGGAGGAAAUGGACCAGGACACGCAUUGAAUCAACUCAGUCGCCCUUUUGGAAUCUUUAUUGAUGAAAACAAGAAUAUUUUCAUUGCCGAUCAUCGUAACGAUCGUAUUGUAGAAUGGAAAUAUAAUGGAAAAGAAGGACAAAUUAUUGCAGGUCGAACUGAAGAAGGAAAGCGAACGGAUCAAUUGAAUUAUCCAACAGAUGUGAUUGUUGAUCAACAAAGUCAUUCGAUCAUCAUUGCUGACUCGUUAAACAGAAGAGUAAUUCGAUGGUUGAAGCAAAAUCAACAAAUUCUCAUUGAAAACAUUGACUGUUAUGGCUUGGCAAUAGAUAAAAACGGAUUUCUUUAUGUUUCUGAUUACAAGAAGAAUGAAGUGAGACGAUGGAGAAUGGGAGAGUACAACAACGAAGGAAUUAUAGUAGCAGGUGGAAAUAAACAAGGAAAUAAACUCAAUCAACUCAAUCAUCCUACUGAUAUCUUUGUUAAUGAAGAUGAAUCUGUGUAUGUAUCAGAUACUGGCAAUCAUCGUGUGAUGAAAUGGAGAAAAGAUUCAAAAGAGGGAAGAAUUGUAGCUGGAGGAAAUGGUCAAGGAAGAAAUCGGAAUCAAUUGUCGUCACCUCGAGGAGUAAUUGUUGAUUAUUUCGGUCAAAUCUAUGUAGCAGAUUAUUUCAAUCAUCGAAUAAUACGUUGGUCUGAAGGAAAAGAAGAAGGUGAAAUUGUUGUUGGUGGAAAUCAAUUGAAUCAUCCCAAUGCUGGUAACUGUUUACAAAGUUCCUAUCAAUAUGCUAUUUUCAAUUCAUAUGGUCUUAGACGAACAACAAUUGAACGAAUUUAUCUUUGUGCUAAUAUUUCAAGUUUAACUUUUGGUACACUUAUUUCAUCACUUUCUGAUAAAUAUGGGCGUCGAACAGCAUGUAUUUUAUCCGCCAUAUUCUAUAUGAUCAGUUGUCUCUCACUUGUCAUGUGGAUUUUUUUCAUCGGAAGUGCAGCUCUUGGUAUAGCUCAUUCAUUAUACAAUACAAACUUUGAAGCAUGGCUCGUUCAAGCUCAUCAUAACAGUGGUUUAAGUGCUGACUCACUUAAACAGAUACUAGCAAAUUCAUUUGUUGUUCUAUCAGUCAUUGCUAUAGCAGUAGGCUUUGUUUCUGAGUACUCAGCAGAUCUAUUUGGAUAUGUGUAA